CUCUACGUGUGGUCUGACCAUUGAAUUAACCAACCAGUUUCAUGCGUCUUAUGAUCAUUAAAUAUCAAACAACGACACGUAACUCAUUCGCUAUUAGCUUCUACUCAUUUCUGAAGUGGCUGAGGUUGUGUUGGAGAAAAUGGUCUCCAAAGUUUUUGUGCUAGGUGUCAUCACCUACUUACUGGCUCAAGCUUCUGCUCGUACACUUGAGGUUGAGAACGAUGAUGAAGGCAGUGAGGAAGGGAACAAGUCCUCAGUUGAAAGUAGGGAUGCCAAGGGCUCAGCUGAAAGUAGAGCUGCAGAGGGCUCAGGUGAAAGUACGUCUACAAAGUCCUCGGUCGAAAGUAGUGCUACAAAGUCCUCAGCUGAAAGUAGAGCUGCAGAGGGCUCAGAUGAAAGUAGGUCUACAAAGUCCUCGGCCGAAAAUAGUGCUACAAAGUCCUCAGCUGAAAGUAGAGCUGCAGAGGGCUCAGAUGAAAGUAGGUCUACAAAGUCCUCGGCCGAAAAUAGUGCUACAAAGUCCUCAGCUGAAAGUAGGUCUACAAAAUCCUCAGCUAAAAGUAGAGCUACAAAUUCCCCAGCUAAAACUAGGGCUGCAGAGGGCUCAGAUGAAAGUAGUGCUACAAAGUCCUCAGCUGAAAGUAGAGCUGCAGAGGGCUCAGAUGAAAGUAGGUCUACACAGUAUUCAGCUAAAAGUAGGUCUACAAAGUCCUCAGCUAAAAGUAGGUCUACAAAGUCCUCAGCUAAAAGUAGGUCUACAAAGUCCUCAGCUGAAAGUAGUGCUACAAAGUCCCCAGCUGAAACUAGGGUUGCAAAGGGCUCACAUGAAAGUAGGUCUACAAAGUCCUCAGCUAAAAGUAGGUCUACAAAGUCCUCAGCUGAAAGUAGUGCUACAAAGUCCCCAGCUGAAAUUAGGGCUGCCAAGGGCUCAAGAAAAGCCAACAAGCCCUUAUUUAAAAUGAGUGCUGAAGAUGAAAGGGAAGAAGAUGAAAGUGAAGAAGAUAAAAGUAAAUAUGAAAGUAAAGAUGAAGAAAACUCAAACGAAAGUGAGGGCGAAGAUGAAACAAAAGAAUCAUCAUCAUCCAAAUCUAAUGAGGAAGAAGAAGAGAUAGAUUAUGAUUGCGAAGUGAAUGGGAAGACACACAAGGACGGCGAAACCUUCACUCUUCCAGAAUCUAAUUGUAUCAAGUACAAGUGUGAAAAAGGCGAAUUCGCCAUCCAGGAAGAAGGCUGUGAACACAAGGGUGAGUGCUAUAAAGCAAACAGCAAGUUUGAUAAAGAUUGUGUCACGUACAGUUGUGUGAAAACAACGAAAGAUGACACAAGCUACUUUUCUCUUCAUGCCGAAACUAUCCAAUGCAAAGACGGAAAGGGAAAAUGUCACAAGAGUGGAACGCAUUUCAAAAACACAAUAAAAAAUGUCAAGUACAAGAAAUGUACGUGCAACGUUGUAGGGAAUAUGGCAAAAGUGUCCUGCAAAAAUUAACUACAAUUCAUGAAAAGGAAAUGACUCUUGUGUUGAUUUGAAAAUAAAUUAAAGAAUAAAAUGCUUGCAAAUCUUUAA